AUGCCCAGGGAACCGGGGACGGUGCAUGCACCCAUUUCUCUUCUCACAGGCCAUCAGAUCCUACUAGCCCUGGUCACUGUGGGCAUUGGAACUAUAUUUGCUUUUAAUUCCUUCCAUUUCUCCCAAGGAUUUCCCCUUGUUUUCCUCACCAUAUAUCUACUCUGGGAAGCAUUUAUUGGAAUUUUGUCAGUCUCACUGAUCAUCAGCAUAGCAGAACUCAGCAUCUCUGUGACUAUCGCCUCCUUUAGAAGCCAGCACUGGACAAGGUCAAAUGAGAUUGUGUUUUUCUCGCCUCUGAAUGUUACACAAGAUAGUGAAUUAUCUGUCCCAGAAGAAAAUGCUAUAAUUCAAUUUGAGCUUCAAGAAGAGUUUUCCAGUGAUGACUCAACAGGAAACACACAACCUGUUUUCCUUGGAGUUUAUACUUUCUUCAAAUUAAGAGUCUCAAGAGAUCCUUUAGCCUUCCAACAUUCAGGGAGGAGAGGCAGUGUGUACUACUCAUCUUCUCUAUCUGUGCCUGAUGAACAACAGAAAAAUAUCCAUCCACCUUUAAAACUUUAUAAGGAACAAACUGAGUGGAAACCUUUAACUCCACAUAAAAGGAAAAGGCCCUCAGAAAAUAUCAUACACAGUAGACAACUGAAUGAUGAAGACCUACAAUAUGCUAUCGUACAAUCCCCAGAAAUACAAACCCAACUGCUGCAGGCCCAAGCCAUAUCAUCCCCUUCUAUUAAAAACUCCAACUGUUACCACCCCAAGACCUGCAAUCCCACACUUUGCCAGCCCAAAUUCUGCCAACAUGCCUUCCCCAAGUACAAGUUCUGCCAGUACAAAGACCCAACAUUCCAUGCUGUGCAGUACCCUAAUAUACAAUGCCUACAUCAGCAAUCCCCAGAUCUUCAGCUACAAAACGUCCAAACUCAAGACCAGCAAUUUAUACAUAUAUCAUAUCAAAACAUUCAAUCAGAAGUCAUGUUACUAACCCAAGAAUGGAAAUGUAUGAAGGAACGCCAAGAAGGGAAAUCCCCAAAACAGCAUGCCCUAGACCAGCAAAGCAAGACUGACCAUCCCCAAAAGCAGCUCUCCAUCAGCCAGAAAAGCAAAGGCUGCCAAUCUCCAAAAAAGAAAAGUCUAGUCCAAAUCCAAGACCAGCAAUCCCCAAGGAAGAAAUCCCUAGACCCAUACAUCAAAGGCUGGCUAUCCCCAAAGAGGCACUCCAUAGAUAAGCGAGUCUAUAUUAAGCAAACCAUGCAGCAACCCCCGUAUCAGCAAGCUGAAGACCAGCUGGCCCAAGGGGAGCAAUCCCCAAAGGAAGAAUCCAAAGUUAAACAAGAUAAAGAUCAACAGGCUGAUAAGAAGCAAUCCCCCAAAAAACAAACCCAACACCAGCAAGAUCAGCAAUUACAAGAUGCUCUAUUUCAAGAUAGUCGGUAUCAAGAUGAUGACCAACAAGAUCUUCAAUCCACAAGUACUGAAAAAGAAGAUAUGCAAAUAGAUGAUAUGAAAACAACCGGCAUCAAACCAGGAAAGUCUAAGUAUUUACAGGGAUCUCUCUCUAACUUCCUUUUUGAAAUCGCAUACAUCCUUGCAGUUCUCUCAUGUCCUUAUGAAUAA